AUGGCUGUGGAAGAAGCGAGGCCCUUCUCACCCCACGCCGAUUCGGCCACUUCGACGGUCAGCGAUGCGGACUACGAUGCUGUCAACGAGCUGGCGACGCUGCGACGACGUCUUCGAGCCGAACAGGCGGAAAAUCGACGUCUUCGUCGCCAGCUGAAAGAAUAUGAAGGCGCGACGAGCCCACCUCGAGGGAUGGCCGCAUGGACAUUCGAGGACGAGGAUGGGACGAUAUGGAGGAACGUGGUCGUCUUUUUUAUGCAAGCUGGGAUCGUGUUGGGCGCGAUGAUGCUGUUCGCCAUGGCGAGCCCGUUCACGUCAAUUGGCACAACAGGUGGAGAGGCUGAGGCGAGCCCAGCAGCCACCAGCUCCGGCUGCGCUUCCUGCUCCAACUCUUCUGCCGUCCGUGGAACGCCAACGACGAUGGGGGCGUGCGCCGUCAAGUCGCAAAUUAUUCCGGGAAUUCGUGGAAGUUGGCUUAACAAUGGCCGUGGUAUUCGCGACCUACUAUAUCCAACGACAAUGGAUUCCACC